UUACUCUCUUUGUCCUUUUCCACUUCCCAACGGUUACAAUCUUCAAUGCUGUUUUCCAAAUCACAAUCUUCAAGCCCUAGAUUUUAUUUCCAGUUCUCGCAUAUAACCGUUGUUUAUCAGAUCGAGUAGUUGUUGCGAUAAUGAUAGAGGUUAAGGAGGAGGAAGAAUGCAUUGUGGAUGUGAAAAAGGAGGUGGGAUUCACUGCUGCAUGGUCUUCGGUUUCUGAUAGCAGUUGUGAUACGUAUACUCCGAUAUCUCCGUCUGCGCGGGGUCAUAGGAGGAUAACAGGUGUGACUAGAUGUUCAUCACAGGCAGGUUGGACAGAGGAAGAGGAUAAUCUGUUAAGUGAAGUUGUCGAAGAGUACAAUGGAAGAAAAUGGAAGAAAAUUGCUGAAUGUAUUCCUGGACGAACGGAUGUUCAGUGUUUGCAUCGCUGGCAAAAAGUUCUUAAUCCUGAACUUGUCAAAGGACAUUGGACGAAAGAGGAGGAUGAGCACAUAAUUUAUUCAGUAGAGAAGUAUGGCUGUAAGAAAUGGUCUGUUAUUGCAAAGUUCUUACAUGGUCGGAUAGGCAAGCAAUGCCGAGAAAGGUGGCACAACCAUUUAGAUCCAGCUAUAAAGAAAGAGGCAUGGACCAUAGAGGAGGAGGCUAUACUUACUUAUUACCACCAAAUAUACGGUAAUAAGUGGGCAGAACUUGCAAGGUUUCUACCAGGAAGAACUGAUAAUGCUAUAAAGAACCACUGGAAUUGCUCGGUGAAGAAGAAGUUCGACUUAAAUUCGCCUCCUAGUCCCGUGCUGGACAUGCAGGGAACUGCAUCUCCUGAUUUCUGCAGCAAUGAAACAAAAUCAGUGGGAACUGGUGAUAAAUUAGCCAGACAUGGCCUCAAUGAAGAAUCUCUUGAUUGCAGGAGGGCUAAGGUGCAUGAUAGUGAGACUUGUUCAACAGAGUUGGUUCUUGGAAAUGCCAAAUUAAUUGUGAAUCCUUUAGAGCUGAAUCCCUAUUCGGCAAGUGUUGAAGCAGGGGGAAAUAAACAGAUAAGUCCAUCUAGCAGGAUUCAGUUCAGUGGGACACACACAGGUGCAAGAGGUUUGACUAGUGAGCCAUGCCAAGGCAAUCGUUCACCUCUUGGUAUACAUGACCACCUGAAAGCCUCUUCUCAUGAUGAUUUCUUCCAUGCAUUCGAUUCAACUAAAUAUACUUUUAACCCUCUUAAUGCUGAUCUUCCCUUCACUUCUGAGAAAACGUUUGAAUCUUCCAAAAGGCAUAGGAGUUGUGGCAGGGGUUUGGGUGUUGCGAAUUUGGAAUCUGGGAGCUGGUCAGAAAAUUCCUGUUUGAGUUUGUCAACAUUUGGAAUUAAUGAGCCCUAUGAUCAAGUUUACAAGAAAAACAGAGUCCAUGCUAUACCUCACCAUUCAGAUGACAAAUAUUUUGGUUACUUGUCUUAUAAACCACCCCAGUUGAAGGAUUUUGUUACUCCCAAGGAAAAUGUUGGAGGAUGGCUAAGUGUAGACAGCUAUCUUAGCCAUGAUAAUAGUCAUGUCUGCUGUUCUACUCUUCCUGACCUCAAACUAAGUAUGUCUAUUAAUAGUAGCUGUCCAGGAUCUAUGUUGCGAAAUUCAGCGAUGAGUUAUAAGAAUACUCCUUCAAUUAUAAGGAAGCGGUCUUCCAGAAAAGCUGUCAGCAGUAAAUAUUCUGAUCGCAAUGACACUUCUGCACGGAUGAUUUCUUGUACCAGAGAAGUAGACUUCAUGAAUGUGAAGCAGGAUGGUGCAGUUUGUCCAUCUCAUAGGUCUGCAGCAUCAGUUGUUGAUAGGUCUUUGGAAAGACGCCUUGAAUGUGAGUUUGAUAAGGAGUGGGAUUCAGCAGCAGUUAGAUGUUGCACCCCAGUUUCUACAACUAGAGCGUCCGGCCUCAAUUUUGGUGCAAAUAGGAUGUUAACUCCUUAUAACUGUUGAAGUUGGAGUUGAACCUUGUAUGUCCGAUGUUAGACAUCAGUAGAUAGUAACAAUGAAAUACAUAGCAACUAAUGUAGUGUUCCGAAAUUCGGAGACAAGUUGAUGCAUCGAUCCACAACUUACAAGGCAGAGGAACAUUGAAGAAUAGACAAGGACACAAAAUAAUAAAGCAGGAAGUGCAAAAGCUUUCAAGACAAUAUUAGCCGACAUUUUUUUGGGUCUAUCCCAUGUUAUCCGGGCUUUUAGGCCUUUAGGUGUUUGAGCUGCGUCCCAUAUGUUAUGUGGCCUGUGCAUUUGGGUGUUUCCUUAGUUGGCAUCUUGCCAAAUAAAGGAUUAGGUCUCGGACUGGGCACAGGAUUAGAAAUAUGAUGCCUCUUCUUUUGCCCUUUUAAUCUUUGUAUCAUUUUCCGGAAACACUUCUGACACAUGUUUUUUACACAUACAUUGCAUAGAUUUUUGUGGGGCCCACUAUGGGAUCCCACAAAAAUGAUCUGAACUGUUCAUUAAUUUUAAAAUAAAUUUUUUAGGAACCUUGUCAAAAAUC